CGAGACUUUCAACAGGGAGCUGGUGGCUUAGGAACGAGGCUUAUAAACAACAUGGCAUCCUACUAACGGAGUGUGAUUCGGUGUCUCUUCUUUAGAUUACCCACAUUUCCUGUCGCAAGGCUAAUAUGACUGCAGAGAGUAUAAUACUGUCCACGUUUGCAGUAAUUAAAAAAAUAAAAAUGUCACGGAAUGUACAAUGGCGGCGAACUCUUAGUGACGUAGCGUGUGCUAGUCAGGCUUUUGCUGCGAACGCUACACUCUAUAUCCUGCGUCAGAUUGGGCCAACUGGCUUCCUGCUCAAAGAGGAGGGAGAAACCAAAAAUGUGAAGGUGCUACUUGGUGACCCUCACAGCUGUACAUGUCUAUCCUUUCACAAAGAAAAAGAUCUAUGCAAACAUAUUUGUUGGGUACUGCUGAAAAAGUUUCGUGUUUCAAAGGAAGAUCCUUUGUCAUGGCAGCUGGGGCUGUCAGAACUGGAGAUCAACCAAGUUUUACGAGGCCCUGUAAUCAAAAGGCAACAACAACGUCAAGAGGAGAAUAAUCAUGAGCGCCAGAGAGCAUCAGAUUCAAAUGGAAGACCUCCACUGGUGCCACAAAGAGAAAUUUCUGUUGAUGAUGUAUGCCCAAUAUGUCAAGAUGAAUUACUGGAGAAGAAACUGCCUGUAACAUACUGCAAGUACAGCUGUGGUAACAGUGUGCACAUCAAGUGCAUGAAAGUGUGGGCAGAGCAUCAAAUGAAAACAUCACAAGAUUCUACUAUCAAGUGCCCUAUGUGUAGAGAAGACUUUGGUUCCAUUGACCUUCUCAGACAAGAAAUGCAUAAUGCAUUAAUGCCUGACUUGACAUCAGGUGCUGCUUUCAGCCCGAAGCGCAUGGAUCAUCAUGUUGGGCUGGGGUGCAGCAACUGUCGUGUAACUCCUAUUGAAGGAAAAUGCUACAGGUGUACCGUCUGUGCAGAGUUCUACCUCUGUCAGCUUUGCUUUAACUCAACUGUGCACACACAUCAUUUGUUUCAAUUUAGACAGAAAAGAAAUCAGCGAUGGCGCAAUGCCUUGCGAUCUCUUGGGGCUGCACUACCUGAUGCCAUAGUCAACACCCUCAUGAAUCGAGAAUUGUCACCAUCUGACUAUGAAACACUACUCCAGUUAGACAACCAGUCUUCAGAGCCACUUAGCAAUCUGUCUGAAGAGAACAUUCAGUUGCUUCCCUUAGAGCGUGUACGGCAUGGAGGUGCCCUAUUGGCACCCGGUGCACAGUGUCGAAUUUGUUUGCGAGGUUACCAAGAAGGGCAGUAUGUUCGCAAGCUGCCUUGUCAGCACAAGUUCCACAAAGACUGUAUAGAUAGUUGGCUCCUCCACUGUCACCCAACAUGCCCUGUUGAAGGUUCCCAUGUUUUUACAACUCGGCCGAGAUCUGAUAACAAGCAGUGGACAAAGCAGAAGACAUGCUGUAUCAUCUGCUACAAUGGAGACUGCGAGCACACAAGGUAGCCUGGGAGUGACUGCAGUGAGACUUGGUGUUGUACAGAUGGCACCAGAAAUUUAGAGGAGAGAGGGACUUUUGCUCGAAGACCUCCAUGUCACCCCCAUAUACACCAUCAACCCCCACCACAUCUUGAAUUAACAGGAACUAGACUUGGGAGUGAAAACUCAAUAGGUUUUCAAAGGGUCGAUGGAUCAGCAUCAGACAUUUUCCCUCCAGGCAGUCAACUUUUACAACAAGCUUUAAAGAGGCGUACGAGACUGAACAAUCAUUUGACCCAACUGUUGUUAGAAAACAGCACUUCACAUGGCAAUGAAGAUAAGGAUUCUGUCACAGCACCCAAUAUUCAGCCUGAUAACAAUCAUGUCAGCAUCUUGCAACUGCAUGUCGGAGAUGGCAGUCAUUUUGAUUUCUCACAAGGGCGGAUCGACGGGGAAGUCUAGGAUCCACAACCUCAUUACCAGAGCAUGGCAGAAAGGCCAGGCAGAUUCCCACAAGACCUCCAUUUCUCCGACGCCGCUCAAAGAGUCAAGACAGGCGGCAACAGCCUUAUGGAUCUAUGGACAGGAUCUCUAUCUGGGUAAUGAUCCCCGACUUCAUCCUCCUCCCAUGGGAGAAGUAAUGUCUGCCGGGUCCAUGGGAUCUUCAAGGCCAAGAACUCUUCGGCACCCUCCCGUCAGUCGCCUGAGACAAGUACAAAGUCAGCCUCAUGAUCCCAGGAUAGUCCUUGAAGGAACUGGCCUUGAACAUAUAACAUUACGAGACAUUAUGUAGGCAAAAGAUGCCAAUCGCAAUGACUUUUAAGACACAGACACAGGUCUUUUUUCUAUAAGUGUUUCAAAUUGGUACUUCUAUUUUGUUUAAAAAAAAAAAAAAUCCCACUUUGUCUGAGAAUUCUGUUUGAAACAUGCAGUUUCUUGGUAUUCAGUAUUCUUCAAAAGUACGAGGGAUGUUCCACUUCCGCCUGGACUUCAGUAUUUUGCAUGCUUUUAGCAAGUGCAGACCAUGCAAACUCAAUAGAGUGAUUCUUCAGGGUGUACCCGCAUUUUUUCACAAAUUUUCCUAUCUAGCUAUAUAGUUUUCCCAGGAUGGAGACAAGAAUCUCCACUGAGUAAACCAUUGAAGUUUCUUGCACAAUCAGGAGACAAGGUUUUAAAGCCCCCUCACGACUCACCAAACUUUGCCCCAUCCGAUUUUGGUUGUUCCCAGAGCUGAAGGAACUGCGUGGAGCAAACUUUGAAAUUCAAGAGGAAUUCAUUUGCUGGAGUGAGGGAACAGCUGAAAUUGAUGCCAAAAUCAGCGUUUUUGGAAUUUUUUUAAAAUGGAUCCAUAGGGCCAAAAAGUGUUGCAAUUGGCGGCAAUUAUGUUGAAAAAAGUUUUAAAAGAAAAUAGAGAUUAAUGUUUAAAAAAUUAUUGCCGGGCGGAAGUAGUACAUUAAUGUGGGCUUUUAACACAUUAUGUCUUAAUGCAUUGAAGACAAGAAAGUAAAACACAGUGUGGACCACAAAGCAUAAGCUGCUAUAAAAAAAGGAAGUUAAUAGAAGUAAUAAUUAUAAGAAAUGUGAUCAUAUGCUACUUACAAAAAGUUUUGUUGUUUCUUGUGGGGAAAUUUUUUCCUUCAGAUCAAAGGGGAUUGCUUUUUACUACUUUCUAAGAGAAAUUAUUUUUGUUGUUGACAUUGUGUUUAAUUUACAUUUUUAUAGCAUGGUGAUGUUUUGUUUUUCACUUUAAACAAUUUUUUCUUUAAUUUAGGUUUUUAAGAUUUUUAAGCAUAAAGAUAUCUGCCAUGUUUAUGCUCAAAAUCAGACAAUAAAAUACUCUGAUCAAAGCUUUUCAUAUUGUACUCGCUACAGUUCUGCAUUCUCUGUUCAGUUUUGUGGUAAUGUAAGUUAAAGUUCUCUGAUCUAUAACAGUAAAUGUGCAAGAUAUACACAUAACACCUGCUUUAACAGAGACAAUAUCCCCUCCAGAAUCUUCACAAUCUAAUACUAUUGUAGUAAGAUUAUUGUAUGUAAGGGUACUUUUGUCGAAGAAAUAAGUUUAUAAGAUUAUAGCACAGGCAAUUAAAAAAGUCAACAAUGAAGGUUGGGAGUUCCUGACUGAGCUACAGUUAAUAAGAUAUGCCUACACCUGUGAUUUGAUGGUGGGACUUCAGUUUGACAAUUUUGUUACGAAUGUUUUUCCCCUCAUACUUUUUGGUCGCCUGUAAGUUUCACCCUCUCUCUUCUCAUACUCGUUCUCAUGUCUUUCUUCCUUUCUUCCCAUCCCAUUCCCCUUGCUUGUUUCUGCCUUCUAUGUCUCUUUCUCCUCUUCACCUUCUUUCAGUCCCAUCAUCUCCAUUUCACCUAACUCGUUUUAUGAGACAUUGCGUGGGUGGUUAUUUGCGAAAGGAACAUUCCCACUGAGCCACUUACGAUGAACAGAAUGUAAGAAGAUAGUUUGUGAUUCAAGACGCCAAAGGCCGUGAUGAGAGACGAGUACAUUAAAGUUUUGAGCUGACCUACAUUUUAAAUUGUGUUUCGUGUAUUUUUUUCUUAACAUAAUGCCAGAUUUGCAAAGGUUUCCAAAUUUCCAAAACUUUGAGAGAACAUUUUUUGGCAUAUAAAAAAUUCGAAGAUGUAGAUAUAUGAAGCAAAUGGUUUCUAACCGUAGUGUAAAGCGGAUUUAAUUGUUUUUCCUUAAUGGGGAGUUGGGGUUUUUUUUUGGGUCUUACUGUCCGUCUCUGUCUCUGUUUUUUCCCUCUCACCAUACCUCCCUCCUUGUCUUAAACUUACAAAAUUCGGUCAAGGCUAUUCCAAAAUAAAAGUUUCAUUUUCUUGA